AUGGAAUAUACGCAGGUGAUGAGAAAAGCUAGAGAGGAGGUAAGGCUGUCGGAGCUGGGGAUCUCCAACGUGAUCCCCAAGCGCGGCAUUACGGGGUCGCUCAUUUUGGAGGUCCCUGGCCCCGACAGCCACGAUAAGGCCAGAGCCCUGGCCGACAAGCUGGCCGCGCUCUUUGUGGGGACCGACGGUGUUCGAAUGGCUGUCCCCGCAAAGAGCGUCGAGAUUAGAAUUAAAAAUCUCGACGACUCGGUGAGUGCGGAUGACGUUAAGUCCGCAAUUGCCGAGUCGGGAGAAUGCCCUCCAGCGGAGGUCAACGUCGGGGCGGUGAGGCGAGCCCCCAACGGGCUUAACUCUUGUUGGGCCAGAUGCCCGAUGGGGGCCGCCCGCAAAAUUGCCUCCGCUGGUAAGGAUCGGGUGGACGGUGGCCCUGGUCGAGAUUUUCUCGCCCCGAUCCCUCCAGUGCUUCCGUUGCCUGGAGGAGGGACAUGUCAAGUCCCAAUGUCGGGGCGAGACAGAUUGCAGCGGGAUUUGUUAGCGUUGUGGGGGUCCGAGUCGUAA